AGUGGCGUUUUGCGGUUGCAUUUUACGUGGUCGCAGGUUGUAUAAAUAUUAUUACUGUGCGGUUUGGUACAGCUCAUGAACAGAAACACUUAUAAAAAAAAUGUUAUUUGGUCUGUGUUAUGGGGUGACUGGAGUAAGUUAAUUCCAUUUUCAUUCAUUUCAACUGAGAAAGAUGAUUGGAGAUUUGAGUGUGGUCAUGGAAUGAAUCAAACUCAUGUCCCAAGGCACUACAGUAUUUCUUUCUUUUUUUUUUCUACCAUGUUUUAACUGCACUGAUUACAUACAUUUUACUUGAUCUGCGAAUGACCAUGCUCAUCUUUCUCUUUUAAAAAUAAACUGUACCCCUUGGGCACAAUACUUUGCCCAGCCCUGCUGUAAACACACGAAACAUCACCUCCCACAGGCAUCUUUUGUAAUCCUAAUAAUCCUGCCACAUACUGUACAUUAACACACACAGACACAGAGCGGGCAUUUGGAAAGCUGCAGCGUUAAAGUCGCUAAACGAUGGCCGCUGCGCUGCAAACUGCAUCUCGCGCUUGAUUAAAAUGCAGAAGACGGCGUUCAUUAAUAGGCCGUGAUUAUUACAUUAGUGCAAUCGUUCCCGGCGGAUCCCACCGUCCACGCUGAGUCAUUCUCCUUGAAAGACGGCUCUGUGCUUGCCUGUUGAUGGUUGAGGAACAUCCUCCGAAACACCAAUCAUUCACUGAUCCUGCCCAUUAGUCCUCCUACCAAAAUUUCGCUCUAGAGUCCAAAUUCUUGCCAUUUGUUAAACAUCUUUUGUUAACUGGUCAGUAUAUGUUUUAAAGGUCCACUGUCAUGAAAUGCACGAUUUUUAGUAUGUUAUCAAUGGGAAAAAAGGCACUGGAUGGACUCAUACAUUUUUUUCACCACAAAACUUGAUUUUGAUGGAUAUGACUUUUUGUAACUCCCGCCAUAAAAAUCCUUUCGAGGGAUUUGUUAUUGAGAAGAAGCAUGAAGUGACGUUACAGCAGCAGCGCACUCAGACUGGCUCGUCUGUUUAUACGCGUUUUACCUGCUGGAAGCCCCUGAAGCUGAAGUGCGAGCUGUGCAGCGUCGUGUCCAGCUCGGGCCAGAUGCUGGGCCAGGCGGCGGGGGCGCUCAUCGACAGCUCGCCGUGCAUCUGGCGCAUGAACAACGCGCCCACGCGGGGGUUCGAGCGAGACGUGGGCCGCCGCACCACGCUGCGGGUGGUGUCGCACACCAGCGUGCCGCUGUUGCUGCAGAGGCCGCAGCACUUCUUCGGGCAAAACAACGGCACGGUCUACGUGGUGUGGGGGCCGCUGCGCAACAUGCGCACCGACGGCAAGGGCCUGGUGUACAACAUGCUGCGACAGGCGGCCGACAGCUACCCGCACGCGCGCAUCUACGCCACCACCGAGGACAGGAUGAACUACUGCGACAUGGUCUUCAAGAAAGAGACAGGCAAGGACAGGAUCCAAUCAGGGUCGUACCUCAGCACCGGCUGGUUCACGCUCAUCCUGGCCAUGGACAUGUGCAAAGAGAUCCACGUCUACGGCAUGAUCAACGACACCUACUGCAAGACCGAAGGCUACCGCAAAGUCCCAUACCAUUACUACGAAGCCGGCAGCCGGGACGAGUGCGCCGAGUACCUCCUGCACGAGAGCGCCCCCUACGGAGGGCACCGAUUCGUCACGGAAAAGACGGUGUUCGCCAAAUGGUCCAAAAACCACGCCAUCAAGUUCUUCAACCCGCCCUGGCAGCUGUCGUGAUCCUCGGAAAUGCUCAUUUCGCACGUCAUCCAUCGGGUUUUUUGUUUGGCGGACGGCGGACGCUUCUCGCCAUUCGCAUCACACGCCAGUCCAGCCAAGACUCUUUUUUUUUUUUUUUUUUUUUUUUUAAAUACGAAGAUAAACCGAAGGAAGAAACUGUUAGCUGGAGAUGCAGAUGUCAUUCCGGUCACUUGGCAAGUCUUGGUCACGGUAGGCCCGAUCUAGUGACCUUAGAAUCCAGCGUCUGCACGGACUGAGCCGCAUCUGAAGGGCAGAGACAUUAGCACUCCAAACCCUUAGGGAAGUCUUCUCUGAAGUCAAAACUGAUGGAAGAAAGUGUCCCUUAGAGGCAUUUUUUCUUUCAAUGUCCCAGCGAAUUUAAUCGAAGACGGGUCCGGGUCAAAUGCAGGUGUGGGAGUCGAAUAGCCCCGACGACUUAGUCACAACUGAAGGCAGUGACUCAGUCAUUUCCUGUGCAAACCCUCACGCCGCCUUCGAGGGCGUCAUCAGUUAGCGUUUUUUUCAGCGGCGGAAUUUGGAGCCCCGUGUGUUCACUCGUUAAUUUAUUCCGCAGAGAUCCGUGCAGUUGGACUUCGACGCGGUCACACUCCAUCAAGUUGUGCCUCCUCUCCCUUCCUCUACUUUUGCUUUGUUUUUUCUACAUCAAGACUCGCUUCGUGUUAGCUACCUUCUUGUUGUGCCACCCCCACACCCCCACCCCUCAGGUGUUUGUGCUCAGGAUGGUGAUUCACGAGACAUCACGUUUCAUUUAUCCUUCAGGCUUGUCCUUCAUCGGCUUUAUUGUAGCACUGCGAGACGAAUAACAACCUCCCGAUACUUUAAGUUUUUUUAAAGUAGUUUUUUUUUUUUUUACAAAAAAAAAAGGAUUUCCUCAAAUAGUGGCCGUCCCUCUAAUAGAUGCCCAGUCACCCACCGGCUACAUAAUCCCCUUGAGAUUAAGACUCGAAGUGUUCCGCUAGCUCACUCCACAAUGUUUAUGUAACUGGACUAGUUUCAGCCACCCAUUUUCUUUGCCGCUUAUCCUCACGAGGGUCAUGGAGAGUGCUGGAGCCUAUCCCAGCUGUCAACGGGCAGGAGGCGGGGUACACCUUGAACUAGUUGCCAGCCAAUCGCAGUCCCAUUCACAAUCACACCUAGGGACAAUUUAGAGUGUCCAAUUAAUGUUGCAUGUUUUUGGGAUGUAGGAGAAAACCGGAGUGCCCGGAGAAAACCCGCGCAGGCACGGGGAGAACACGCAAACGCCACACAGGCGGGGCCGGGAUCGAACCCGGGUCCUCAGAACUGUGAGGCCAACGCUUUACCAGCUGAUCCAGCGUGCCGCCUUGGACUACUUUCAGUUACGUGUUUUUUUUUUCUGGAGAGUUUAAAUCAUCCCACUAAUGUAACCAUUGUAGCCUUUUAAAUAAUUUUAUUUCUUAAGAAAAAAAAAAUAUUUAAAGCGACCUGGCGCUGUGUGAAAAAGUCAUUGCGCGGAUUCAUGUUUCCGAAGACUGUUGCGGAUUAGCGUUCCACUCGACUUGACAUAAUUGUUGUCCACAUUUUUCUUCAGUACUUUUUUUAAUUGAGUAAAUAAAUGAUAAUAAUAGCACUUGGGGUAAAUAAAUUGGCGACUGUUUGAGGAAGUACGGCCGUUUAGCAGGAGCCAAGGUAGCAGGUGCCUGUUUAGCUAGCUCACUCGCAUGGUCACCACAUUCACGUCGUAGCUUCAGAACAUGCCAACGGAUCCGUCGAGUAGACCCAGACCUCCUCAUCACGUGUUCUUUCCAUGUAGCAAAACCCCAGCCGCGUUGAGGUCUACAGAUGUACGAAUCAGACCUUUGCUUUAGCCUCUUUCCGCGAGAGAUCUCGCUAAAGACCUGAUGUUUAUCAGCCUUUGCCUUUCAUGCAGAACCCAGUGAGCGAUAUUAGCGUAGUAGCAACACUGGCGGGUGGGGGACACGUUCGAUUCCUUCCGGCAAUGCCUCGGGUCACUGUGAAAGGUGACGGCCAGCGCACCAUUUACGUACCACUCGUUUUUUGUUUUUGUUUUGUUUUUGUUUUGUUUUGUUGCGUUUCUCGUAGAGCAGGGAGGGCUUGGAUGAUGUCAUUGGGCUUGUUUACCUCACCGGCAGACACGCACACACACGCCCCUGUGCUUUUUUUUUGCAGUCACCCGGCAGCUCUCGGAUCAGUUUACACGCGAUUGACUCCGUUUUCGGGACCUCGCCGCUCCGAUUUUCUUCUUUGUUUUCAGUUUGCUGUUGUUUGCACCUCAGAGAUGGGAGGCGCCUACCGGCCACUCCAUUAGGUACACCUGUGACAAUGUGAUCAAAUCCACUACACAAAAAAAAAGGUACUUAUGAUGUAUUCAUUGAAAAGUAUGUUUAUUAGUGAUGUGUUUUUUGCACUGCAUCAUACAUAGAGUUUCUUAUGUUAUGAAAGAAAAACAUAUAACUCCAAUUCUUGUGACUUUUACCCUUGCUUGUUUUCACAUCAAGUGUCCUUGUAAAAAUGUUUGCGUGUGUGUUUGUUUGUGUGAUACUGAAUGUAAAAUUACUAAAGUACUAACUUUUUUUCAUUGGUGGAAGAUUAGAAUCAAAAUGCUACAUUUUAUUAACCAGAAAAAAUCUCCACUUUCAUUUUCUGUCAUUUGCUUCAUAAAUGUUAGUGGCAUAUUGUGAAUGAUUUAUUUUUCAGUUGAAUAAGAAUGUAUUUUUUGGGGUGUGGGGGGGCAUUAAAAGAACCUAAAAGCACUCAAUUUCAUGGAUGUGGUGACGGUGUGUUUAUUUGCUGUCAACGCGCGACAUAUUGUUCUUCGUCCUUCCUCGCGGAAGAGGACCAUCUUGAUCCAUUUAUCCGUGUGUGUGUGUGUGUGUGUGUUGC